AUGAACAACGUGAUCCAGUCCCUCACUAAUUCCAGAGAUUGGCACUACAUUCCUGCAGAUCAGAAUCCCGCGGAUAAUGUCUCCAGAGGCAUCUCUGUGAGAAAAUUACUGAACAUGAAAAGAGAAAUGGGGUUGCAUGCCACGCCCUACGUUUUGCAAAAUCGCCAACCCGCCGAGCCACACGUAGCUUUUCCAAUGACUACUGUAAGUUCUUCUGCCAACGACAACAUCACCAUCGAAGCCGACGACCUAAUAGCAAGGUAUCAUCAUCACAGUUCAUUUCGACGAACGCGAAAGCACUUUGCCUUCCUUCAGCGGACCAUGAAUAAUUUCAUGAGCAAAUCUGCGAUUAUCCGGGGCCGCGGUAUCAUCAGGGAGUCCUUAAACGGACCCAUAACUGCCAGUGAGUUAGAAGCUGGCGAACGCCUGAUCAUCAAACAUCUUCAACGUCUCAGCUAUCCGGAAGAAUUCGCUCACCUUGAAGAUAACGGGGUUCCUACCAAACAAGGUCCGCUUCAACAUCUCAGUCCUUUCAUCGAAGAUGGUUUGAUUCGGAUCGUGGGAAGACUUAGACUCGCUGAUCUGCCCCAAAAUCAACGAAGUCCAAUCCUAAUCCCUCGAGAACACUUCUUCGGAAAAAUUAUGUUGGACCACAUUCAUAGACGAAACCUCCAUGCAGGAAUGGAUACUAUCAUUGCUGAUUUUCAGCAGUAUUACUGGAUGCGAAACCUCAGAAAAACAGCCAAAGCUGUUAUCAACAAGUGCAUCUUAUGCGCACGUGCUAGGCCCCGGAAACUUCAACAACAAAUGGGCCAAAUACCCAGAGCAAGGGUGACUCCAUCACCCACCUUUGCACAUACCGGAGUCGAUCUAUGCGACCCGUUCCAGAUUUUACCAAGCCCACGGGCUAAGACGACGAUGACGGUAUGCGUAUGCAUAUUCAUAUGCUUUUCUACAAAAGCAGUGCAUCUAGAAAAGGCGGAGAACCAAUCCGCUGAUGCGUCCAUUUCAGCAAUAAUGAGAUUUACUUCGCUGCGCGGCAGGCCAGAGGUAAUCUACUCCGAUAACGGAAGAAACUUCGUCGGAGCGAGCAGAGAGCUCACCGAACUCCGGAAAAUUUACAACGAUGAGAAUUUCCAGAACAAAUUGGUUGAAAUUGCAUCGGAUAAGGGAAUAAACUUCUUCUUCAUUCCACCUAGAAGCCCCAAUUUUGGAGGGCUCUGGUAG